GUUAUUUACACUACGUGCCCACAUCGUCCUGUUUAUACGCUCUGCGUGCAAGUUGAGAGGCGUUGAUGACAUUGAUAAGGUCAUCUCAGCUGAACUCCCGAUCCUUUCCAAGAUGCAGAGUUGCAUGAUACAAAAAAAAAAGUUUAAUGAUACACGGUCCUUGCAGAGAUUUCAACAAAGAUCACCUUGCAUGAUAGACGGUGUGUUCUAAACAUUACCCAAGGUGUUUCAGGCCCACAACCUCCAUUAAUAAAUAUGGGUAUCCAGAGUAUUGUAGAAGGAACACUGGUAUAACGGUAAACAGAGGUGGAAAUCCCGAAUAAAUUUGUAAUCAAGCCGGAAGAUAACUACAUAUCAGCUAUCGUUAAUAACAUUUAUCGUAACAAGCAAGAACGCCCCAGCAAUCCAACUUACUUGAAGGAAAGAGCGAUACUUGAACCUUUUUACGUGGUUCUCCAAAUAAAUGACUACAUGCUAUCUUUUAUCUCUGGUGAUCAAAUCAUGUAACUCAUCUCAGAUAGCAUCAUUAGUUCACAUAUCGGUUUGUGUCGUGAGAGUGACAUGUAUACACUAGAAUUUCUUGAUAGUCUCUCAAUCUCGGGGUUGUCUGAUCACGAUUUGCAAUUGCAUCUAAAGAUUGGUGCUCCCAUUAUGCUCUUGAGAAAUAUAGACCAGCCAACAGGAUUUUGUAAUGGAACCAGGUUGAUCAUUCUCACCAAGCUUAGAAAAAAUGUGCUAGAGGCAAAGAUCAUCACUGGAAGAAAUAUGAGGGCCACUGUUCACAUUCCCAGAGUGUCGUUAUCUCCAUCUGACGUAACAUUGCCUUUUAAUUUUCAGAUGAAGCAAUUCUCGGUUAUGGUAUGCUUUGCGAUGAGCAUCAACAAGAGCCAAUCUUAGUAAAUAUGCAGGUCAGACUAUAUCUCAAGAAUAAUGUGUUCACACUUGAUCAAUUAUAUGUUGCCAUAUCAAGAGUCAAGAGCAAAGAAGGAUUGAAGAUUUUGAUUCGUUCUAAAGAUGGGGGAUUUUCCUCCAAUGUCAUUAAUGUUGUCCAUAGAGAGGUUUUUCAGAAUUUAGAAACACAGUCUUUCAAUUUUAUAAUGUCUUACGGAUCCCAACAUCUUUAUUCUUAUAUAUUAUAUAAUAUUAUUUUGAAUUAAUACG